AUGUCCUUCGCACCCUUCCAGUUUCAGUUUCGUGUUCCUGCCUUCGACGUGGGUCUGCAGAGACGAACUCGCAGGACAGCAUCCACCAGGGAGCAACUCUCAGCGUUUUGGAAGACUAUCAGAACUCGCCACCCGCCAUGGGUUGAAGCCGCUCUACUCGCAGGAGGCAAUGCACCCAACCCGCUUCAGCAGAUUGCCAGACCUCGCGGGGGCGCACCACAGCCUGAGGAUGCAGCACCUGGAGCAAGCAAUACACCGGAUCAACCUGAUCCCAUUGCAGCGGCGCCUGUCCUUCCCGCCAUCACCUCGGGCGAUGAUCCAGCAGAGGAUGAUGAAGACAAGAAGCUCGGCUUCAGAGAAAGACUGAAGGCUGUCUUGAAGAGCGGAAUGUCCAAGAAGAGCCCAUGCGUGGCCUGCGACGAGCCAGUCAAGUCAACCAAUCUCGUGAGCGGGGGAUGCGAGCACCAGUACUGCCGCCCCUGCAUCCGAGAAAUGGUGAAAGUCGCAUUCCUGGACAGAAGCAUGUUCCCUGUCCGCUGCUGUGGCCAAGAGAUCCCCGCCAAGCAGCUGGUCCCGGCGCUGCACCUGCGCGUCAGAAAGGUCUACAUGGCCCUCGCGUCUGAGCGCACCACUCCUCCGGCCGAGCGAUGGUACUGUCCGGCAGCCAACUGCCGCACCUGGAUCUCUCCCAGGUUCCUACACCCAGGGUCCAAGACACAGAAGUGCCCAUAUUGCCGGGCCGUGAUCUGCUCGACUUGUCGAGAUCUGGCUCACGGACGCCAGCAAUGCACGGAAGACCCUGGGCUGGGAGCGAUCUUGGAUGUGGCCCGGACUCAGCAGUGGCAGAGAUGCUACCGCUGCCAUAGCUUGGUCGAGAGGAGGGGAGGGUGCCCGCACAUCAGGUGCAACUGUGGAGCAGAGUUCUGCUACGUGUGCGGCGCAAUUUGGGGCACUUGUCAUUGCUGGCAGGCGGCAGAGGUCCUGGACGAUCAUCCGGUGUGGGGAGGAGAGGGCGGUCCCGACCGUGCAAUGGUUGUGGCGGCGUUGCAGGUUGCCGACGAUGGUCCUGCUGGAGCCGUCCACGCCGAUGCAUAG